AUGGCUUCAGCACUUACUUUCGGGGUAGAAUGGGAGAUGUCCGUAGUAUGCGGCUAUGAGAACUCCCACCCCGAUCCCUCAGAACAACGCAUCGUACGGAUUGGGAACCAGGACAAGGUAGAUGAUAAUCGUUUCUUCAGGACCAACGGUGAUGAGUUCCUGUGGGAAACCGUGGCCCGGCACAUGGCAGCCACGCUCCGCGCCGCUGGCUUCGACUCGUCAGUCCACUCGAAAGGCUUCACCACGUGGGACUUCAGUUCCGACGUCAGUGUCUGUGAGCCGGCCAGCAACAGGCGGUACACAUACGAGAGCAUUGAGCUGCGCUCACCGGCCAUGUACUUCACGCCCGCGUCGCUACGCGCCGUGGAAGAGGUCUUGACCCUCCUGACCAGUACCUAUUGCAUCAAUACUAACCCGACCACAGGCCUACACGUGCACGUCGGUGAUUCAACGAAGGGCUGGCCCUUCCACAUGAUGCGCAAGCUCAUCGCCUUCCUCUGGGCCUUCACGCACCAGCUCAACACGCUGUUCCCCCCGUUCCGCAUGGCCAGCAACUACACGCACCCAAUACGGACGCACUCCAGAUACGCGCAGAGAUUCGACGACGAAGGGCCCUCGCCCACACUGGCCAUCCUCGCGAUCCUGAAAUGCGAUGACGCGGAAAAACUGCACUAUCUGUUCGACGCCACCCAGUUGCGGUUCAUGGAAAACAUUCUGCACGUCCAAGGCAUACCCAACUGCAAGCCCACGAUCGAGUUCCGGCAGCACCAAGGCACCAUGGACCCCCGAGCCACGAUCAUGUGGGUCAAGACGAUGGUCGGCAUCAUGGAGUUCCUGCGCGAUGUGCAGCCCGCGGAUUUCACCUCGCUGCUGUCCAUCGUUGAGCACGAGCACUGGGAGAAGCAGCCCGACCAGCCCGAAAAGGAACAUGAUUAUUAUGAAGAGGAGCGGGAUAGCAAGCACGACGUGGAGUGCGAGCGCGACAUGGGCCCUAUCCUCGCCGAGAGCGGGUUCACGGUCAUCGACCUGCUGCGCACCAUGGGCUUACACGAACCAGCGCGCUACUACAAGCAGCGCGGCCUCUACAAGCACAGAGCGCUCCCAAGGCCUUUCAAGUGGAAUAGCCGGGUCUCCUCCUGGAUCGAAGACCCGGAUCCGAAGAAUACGGGACAGACGGAGGUUAGGUGGGGUGCGGAUGUUAGGUGGGAGGCGUCUCCUGUGGGGCUGGACAUUCGGGCUGAUAGAGGGAGGAUCAAGGAGCUGGAAGAGAUAUUCGCGGCUGUGGAUGUGGCGGAUGCAGCUCGGAUAGAUCGAAGGGUAAUUGACUGA